CUUUUUAAAAUGCCCAAGUUAUUUCAAUUUGUUUUGCCAAUUUUCUCUUUCACAGCUUGCACUAAAAGGAUCUAAUUAUAGUGGUCUAUUAGAGCGGCAUCGGAUUCAUACAAAAAAUGUGGAACAUAUUGUAAAUAGUCUAAGAAAUGAGAAGAUUGAAGUUCGACUUGUGAAACGGAGAGAAUAUGAUGAAGAGACUGUCCGAUGGGCAGAUGCCGUUAUAGCAGCAGGAGGUGAUGGAACUAUGCUUCUGGCAGCCAGUAAGGUGCUGGAUCAGUUAAAACCAGUUAUUGGAAUAAAUACAGAUCCAGAUAGAUCUGAAGGCCACUUGUGUUUACCUGUACGAUAUACGCACUCAUUUCCAGAUGCUCUGCAGAAACUUUACAGUGGUGAAUUCAGAUGGCAGUGGAGGCAGCGAAUCCGGUUGUACCUUGAAGGAACUGGUAUUAACCCUGUCCCUGUAGAUUUACAUGAACAGCAGCUGAGUCAAGAACAGCAUAGUAGGGCCCAUGUUAAUGGAAGAUUUCAGGAUCAAAGAUCUCAGAUUUCUGAACCACACCUCUUGCCUGUAAGAUCAUUAAAUGAAGUCUUUAUUGGAGAGUCUCUCUCAUCCAGGGUGAACUAUAAGUCCUGCAAACCCAGUUUUAAAUUCUCCCUUCAUAGGGCUUCUUAUUAUGAAAUAUCAGUGGAUGAUGGUCCAUGGGAGAAACAAAAGAGCUCAGGUCUCAAUAUAUGCACUGGAACUGGAUCAAAAGCUUGGUCUUUUAAUAUCAACAAAAUAGCAAAUCAGGCUGUGGAAGAAAUUCUUAAGAUUGCUAAAAGUUAUGAGAGUUUAAAGCUUCCAUUGAACAAGGAACUAAUACAGAAAGUAACAAAUGGAUAUAAUGAAUCAUUGCUCUAUAGUCCAGAGGAACCCAAGUUGUUUUUUAGUAUACGAGAACCUAUUUCAAACCGUGUUUUUUCAAGUAGUCGGCAACGAGGCUUUGCAUCAAAGUAAGUAUUAGUAGUAAAU